CAUUUCCUCUCACGCCCACUUCCAACCUAGGAGGCUUUUGGUUUCUGCUUUUGUUGUUUUUAAAAUUAAAAGUUAAACCCAGGAAGCUUUGGAUCAGAGUUUUGCGUGGCAGUUCGGGUCAUUAGCCAGAACUGGUCACACUUUCUAGCUAAACACAGGGAGGCAGAAAGAACAGUCCUAACAGGACCCUAGAAGGAAGAACAGAAGGAAUUGGGGAACAGCUCCAAUAGCAACCACACGUAUUAACUGAAUUAACUCGCACAUGGAUUAAUUGAUGGACAUUGGGUUUAUGGAACUACCUUUUUGUGACCUGCUCUUCCUACAGUUUCUAAGAAGAAAAAGGGGCCCCUGAAUCAAAGAAGAUGCCUCGAACUAAACAGAUUCAUCCCAGAAAUCUAAGAGACAAAAUUGAAGAAGCACAAAAAGAACUUAAUGGGGCAGAAGUGUCAAAAAAAGACAUCUCAGAGGCUGGUAUUAAAGGAGCUUCAGAAUCACUGAAAGGUGUGAAACGAAAAAAGAUUGUAGCAGAGAAUCACCUGAAAAAAAUACCGAAAUCCCCCCUGAGAAAUCCCCUCCAGGCAAAACACAAACAGAACACGGAAGAGCCCUCCUUCGCCGUUCUUCAGAGCGCGGCGGAGCCCCCAAAGAAGCAGAACCACAGCCCUGCGAAAAGCGGGAAGCAGUUCACCAGGCACAACGGAGAGACCCCUGGGGUAGCUGCCGAGGCCCCUAAAGCCCACGAGCCCGCCUCCCCGAGGAAGGCCCCGUUGCCGCAGCACCCGGCCAAGCCCAGGGCCCCCGAGGGAAGAUGCGACUGCAGCUCUGCGCGCGGUAAAGGCAGGACCGACCCCCGUGAGUGCACCUCCUCCCGCCGCAGCCCCCCGCCCUCCUCGUUCGCAAGCACCGCCUUCGAUGUCUUGCUGAAGGCCAUGGAGCCGGAGCUGAGCAGCCUGUCGCAAAAGGGCUCGUCUUGUGCGGUGAAGAUCGAGAGGCUGAGACCACAUCACACCGCACGACCGCCUCCUCGCCCGGACAGCAGCCCGAUGGACGCCCCCGAGCCGACCGCGCCAGAGCCGGCCGCCCCGUCACAGCCUCCUCCUCGGACCUCGUACCCCGGGCACGGGUCUGCAGCUCAGAAGCACGACCGGGCGGCAGGCCAGGCCGCUCCUCCUUCGUAUAACCCACAGGAGCUCUCUGUUCCUGACCCUGGCCAACAAAAUCAGCCGCUUCCAGCGUGUUCGGGUUUCGCCAGAUCCCUCACGAGUCUGCACAGUCAGGGCAACGUCCAACUUGAACACGUGUAUAAUGCAGCGGUGACGUCGUCCGUGGGCCUGACGUCACCGCCCAGCAGAACUCAGGUUUCUCCUGCAAACCAGCAAGCGGAUGCCGCCUCCCCUCUGUCCGUGAGCCCCGCCCUUUCCACGCAGUCACCCCCCACGCCCAUUUACAACUCAACUCCUGUCGCCUCUGUCGUUAAUCACAGCGUGGAACAAAUGUGCAAUCUUCUCCUGAAAGAUCAGAAGCCAAAAAAACAAGGAAAAUACAUCUGUGAGUAUUGCAAUAGAGCUUGUGCAAAGCCCAGUGUGCUUUUAAAGCACAUCCGCUCCCACACUGGAGAGAGACCCUAUCCCUGCGUGACCUGCGGGUUUUCAUUUAAGACUAAAAGUAACCUGUACAAGCACAAAAAAUCCCACGCACAUACUAUCAAACUGGGUCUCGUCUUGCAGCCGGAUGCUGGCGGCUUGUUCGUGUCUCAUGAGUCCCCCAAAGCACUUAGUGUCCAUUCGGAUGUGGAGGAUAGUGGGGAGAGUGAAGAGGAGGGCGCGGCGGAUGAAAGGCAGAACGACCCGGGCUCCAUGGACCUGCAGUCCAUGCAGAUAAUGAAAACGGCAUCCGGCUUGGAAGCUUUACCAAAAUCAGGUUCCAUCCCAAGCAAUCUAGAUCCUGUGGUAGGUGACUUUUGCAUACAGGACAGAUCUUCAGAACCACAGGCUGCGACAGAGUUACCAAAGGUUGUGGUCCACCCCAUCAGUGUGUCCCCUUUAAGAGUUGACAGCCCAAAGGUUACGGAUUCCAAGCCUGAACUUCCUAGUGCACAGAAACAGAAAGACCUUCAGAUGACCCGUGUGCUGUCCCACUCAGCCUGGGCGUCCACCCUGGAGAUGGAUGAGAAGUCCCGUCAGAAGGGCGACGUGAGUCACACAGAAGGAAAACAAGAAUUUCAUGUGGGAACAGUACAUGCCCAGCUACAAAGGCAGCAGGCCACUGAUUACUCCCAAGAGCAGCAAGGAAAACUUCUCCUGAGUCCUCGCAGUUUGGGAAGUACGGAUUCUGGUUACUUUUCACGUUCUGAAAGUGCCGACCAAACGGUGAGUCCACCGACCCCCUUUGCCAGAACGUUACCCCUGCCAGAGCAGGACUCUAAGACGAAUGGGCCCUCUGCACCUCGUGUCAGCACACCAGCAGCUUCUGCUCUCCCAGCAGGUGAAAAAGCAUCACUCCUCCCAGGUCAGAUGCGCCCACCUUUGGCAACAAAAACGCUUGAGGAACGGAUAUCAAAGCUUAUCUCAGACAAUGAAGCCUUGGUAGAUGACAAACAACUGGAUAGCGUGAAACCACGGAGAACCUCUCUCUCACGACGGGGAAGCAUCGAUUCCCCCAAAUCGUACAUAUUUAAGGAUUCUUUCCAGUUUGAUUUAAAACCAAUGGGACGGAGAACAAGUUCAAGCUCUGAUAUACCAAAGUCCCCGUUCACCCCCACGGAGAAAUCAAAGCAGGUAUUUCUUCUGUCUGUACCUUCCCUCGACUGUCUGCCCAUCACCAGAAGUAAUUCUAUGCCUACCACAGGGUACUCAGCAGUACCUGCGAGCAUCAUCCCUCCCCCCCACCCACUGAGAGGAUGUCAGUCCUUUGAUGACAAAAUUGGCGCUUUCUACGAUGAUGUCUUUGUACCAGGACCUAACACUUCUGUGCCCCAAAGUGGGCAUCCCCGCACCCUUGUCAGACAAGCAGCAGUAGAAGACUCUUCAGCAAAUGACAGCCACGCUCUCGGUACCGGACAGUCCUUGGAUGAGAGCCAUCUGGGCAGCAGCCCCGCCGGCGAGCCCGCAGCAGCAAGGAGCAGGCCCCCGGCCCCCAGCUCACAUGUGGAAAAGAAGAAGUCUCAUCAGGGACGCGGGACCAUGUUUGAGUGUGAGACCUGCAGAAACAGGUACAGGAAACUGGAAAAUUUUGAAAACCACAAGAAAUUUUACUGUUCAGAGUUGCACGGACCAAAAACAAAGGUGGCCCUGAGGGAGCCCGAGCACAGCCCGGUGCCCAGUGGUACACAGCCUCCCAUCCUGCACUACAGGGUUGCCGGUGCCACCGGGGUCUGGGAACAGACGCCCCAGAUACGGAAAAGGAGGAAAAUGAAAAGCGUCGGAGAUGAUGACGAAAUUCAGCAAAAUGAACGCGGAGCUUCUCCCAAGAGCUCUGAGGGCCUCCGGUUUCAGAGCGCAGCGGGCUCGGGUCCCAGUUUGUCUCAGCAGAACGUUCCCGGAGCCGGUGACCAGCAGCCUAGAAAUACCCAGCUGCAAACCUCCCAGAUGCAGCUUGUGGCCAGAGGCCCUGAGCAGCCCCUGGACCCGAAGCCAUCAUCCGUCGUGGAAGAGCAGAUGAGCUCGGCCAUCCAAGACAGGACGGAGCCCAAGAGACACGGGGCCAGCAUCUCUGUCAUCCAGCACACGAACUCGCUGAGCAGGCCCGCUGCGCUCGACAAGUUCGAGUCUGGUGAAGGCGCCUCCCCACUUUCUUUCCAGGAGCUGAGAACAGGGAAGCCCGGGGCUCUGAACAUAAGAGGGAUCUCCCAAGAGGAGGGCCGCCCUCCCCAGAACACGGCUCAGCCUCCGCAGCCUGCACUGUUAGAUGCUCUGAGGGGGGAACUUCAGGAAGCUUCCAGAAAGAUCUCAGGUGAGCGACACGUGUUAGGACAGCCCUCAAGACUUGUCCGGCAGCACAACAUCCAAGUCCCAGAAAUCCUGGUCACAGAAGAGCCAGACCGGGACCUGGAAUGCCAAGGUCAUGAUCAGGAAAAGUCCGAGAAGUUCAGUUGGCCACAGCGGAGUGAAACCUUGUCCAAACUGCCAACAGAGAAACUGCCGCCCAAAAAGAAGAGGCUCCGUCUUGCUGAGAUUGAGCACUCCUCCACCGAAUCGAGCUUUGACUCCACUCUCUCCAGGAGUCUAAGCAGGGAGAGCAGUUUAUCUCAUACUUCGAGUUUCUCCGCUUCCUUAGACGUAGAAGACGUUUCUAAGACUGAAGCCUCCCCCAGAAUUGAUUUUCUGAAUAAAGCGGAGUUUCUCAUGCUUCCAGCUGGCUCUAAUACCCUGAACGUUCCUGGGAGUCACCGGGAAAUGAGGCGCGCUGCGUCGGAACAGACUCACUGCCUGCAGACGGCGAUGGAGGUCUCUGAUUUCAGAAGUAAGUCAUUCGACUGUGGAAGCAUCACUCCAGCUCAGACAGCACCACCUGCUGAACUGCAGCCUCCGACAUCCCCUUCUGGCCUGGGGAUCGCUGGGCACGUGCCUCUCUUGGAAAGACGGAGAGGCCCACUGAUACGGCAGAUCUCUUUGAACAUUGCUCCGGAGAGUCAUCUAUCUCCCGGGAACCCAUCAUCUUUCCAAACUAUUGCUCGUCCUCGUGUGAACACGGUGCCCUUUCAGGGGCCCCAGCUCGCACACACACCUUCAGCUGAGUUUCCUGCAAAUACUUUGCACCCUCAGGCUCACGUUAAGGAUCUGCGAGCAGAAACCUCAAGUUCCAACUCUCCAAACGUCUUUCCUUUUCAACAGCUUUUUGGUAUCCAUUUGUUAAAUCAAACCCAUGCGCCCCUUAGCCGCCCAAACACACAGAUGUCUCUGCAAGUGUCUACACAGAGUGUCAAAGCAGAUGCAAGCCCCAGUGGGCGUGUACCUUCUAAAAGUGAGGAUUGUUUUGCUCCCAAGUACCAACUUCAUUGUCCGGUGGUGCCUUCGAGCCAGCCUGGUGCUUCUAAUCCUGUACAUCCUCUGCCGAAGCAAAUGCUUCCAGAUCCAGCUGGGGCCAGCCAUCGUUCGCCCUCAUCAGCAUCUCCAGCCAGAUUAGUGGAAGCCACGUCUAAUUCGUGUCCUCUGCCACCACUGAAGGCCGGACCUCUCAGCGGUCAGGUGCCGAAUGUGCCAACGUCCUUUACACUGCCCGUGCAUCUGCAGAGCCAGGUCCCAACAUACUGUUUUGCCACAGUCACGUCUCUGCCACAAAUCCUAGUGACCCAAGAUCUGUCCAAUCAGCCGAUUUGCCAGGCUAAUCAUAGCAUGUUGCCAAUCAGCGAAGAACAAAAUUCCGUGCCAGAAUCGCAAAACGAUCACCAGAAAGCUGUGCCAAACCCAGAGGGAGACUUCGUCUGCGAAAAUGUUUUUUCAGAGAUGGGCCAAAAUUCGUCUCCAUCAGAAUCCUUGCCCGUACAGGCUCAGAAAGUGUCUGUUGGUAGACUUUCCCCCCAACAAGAAUCUUCAGCUUCAAGUAAAAGGAUGCUCUCCCCAGCAAAUAGUUUAGACAUUGCCAUGGAAAAACACCAGAAGCGAGCCAAGGAUGAAAACGGAGCUGUUUGUGCAACAGAUACUAGACCAUUGGACGCACUGAGUUCAAGCGUUCAUGAAGUUAGUAAACAGAAGAAGCCUGUUCUGGUGAGGCAGGUUUGCACUACGGAGCCCUUUGAAGCUGUGAUAUUGGAACAGGAUGUUUUUUCUCUCCCUGAAGUUAGUAGUGAGGCUCUUCAUUUGACUGAUAUUUCACCAGCUGAUAAUUUGUCAUCAGGACCGUCUAAGCCUGUGGCUAUAGAACCUAUAAAAGAAUUGCAGGAAUUUGAAAACAUCCUGUCAGCCUCGUCACUAACUCAGACAGUUAGAAAUUCAGGUGUCCCUGUAGAGAAAACUCGCGUUUCUCCUUCAGAAUGUGUCAACAGUAACCAGGAAAGGAAGUCUCCAGGGGUUAAACAUCCAGGCGACAAAGCGAACAUCCAAGAACAGAGUCAACCUGCAGCCACCUCUCCUUCCGCGUGUGAGGCCGGCGACACGCAGCAGCCGUCCUUCCCCAGCCUGAAGACCGCAACCAGCUUCACGUGGUGUUAUCUGUUGAGACAGAAGGCCUUGCACCUGCCCCAGAACGACCAGAAAACGUCGGCCUACACCGAUUGGACCGUGAGCACCAGCGACCCAGAUCCUCUGGGCUUGCCUACCAAAGUGGCCCUUUCUCUCCUGAACUCAAAACAGAAGACGGGAAAGUCUCUAUAUUGCCAAGCAAUAACGACCCACUUCAAGUCAGAUUUGCUGGUCUAUUCAAGCAAGUGGAAAAGCAACUUCAGCAAGAGAGCAUUAGGUAAUCAAAAGUCCACAGUAGUUGAAUUCAGCAGUAAAGAUGCCUCUGAAAUUAACAAUGACCAAGAUAAAGAAAAUUCCUUAAUCAAAAGUGAACCAAGAAGAAUUAAAAUAUUUGAUGGAGGAUAUAAAUCAAAUGAAGAGUAUGUCUAUGUCCGAGGCAGGGGAAGAGGAAAGUACAUAUGUGAAGAAUGUGGAAUCCGUUGUAAGAAACCUAGCAUGUUAAAGAAACACAUACGAACCCAUACAGAUGUCCGCCCCUACCACUGCACUUACUGUAACUUCUCCUUUAAGACUAAAGGAAAUCUGACAAAACACAUGAAGUCCAAGACACAUAGCAAGAAAUGUGUGGAUUUAGGCGUCUCAGUAGGUUUAAUAGAUGAACAAGAUACAGAAGAAUCAGAUGAAAAACAAAGAUUCAGCUACGAGCGGUCUGGAUAUGAUCUGGAAGAAUCCGAUGGCCCCGAGGAGGACGAGAACGAGAACGAAGAUGAGGACGAAGACAGCCAGGCCGAGUCGGUCCUGUCCGCAGCCCCCUCGGCCACGGCCAGCCCGCAGCACCUCCCGGCUAGAAGCAGCCUCCAGGACUCUGGCGGUGCUGACGAGGACGUCAGGAUUCCUGAUUGCUUUUCUGGCGGACACACGGACCUGAUGGACGUCCUGCCGAGAGCGUUGCCCACCAAGAUGACCGUGCUUAGCGCAGUGCAGUCAGACCGCAGCGGGGAGCCGGGGUCUCCAGUGAGGACCAGGCGGCGGGCUGCGGGAGACGAGGACCAGGCAGCCGCUCCAGGAGGCUCUGCCGGGCCCCCCGAGGCUGCGCCCAGGUCCCCGUGUCACCAGAUGUCUGUGGACUACCCCGAGUCCGAAGAGAUCCUGAGAAGUUCUGUGGCAGGAAAGGCUAUUGCUUUAACACAGGGCCCGGCGUCAUCCUUGAGCCUUCCUCCACCGGCAGCCGAGCACAGCCCUCAGCCCGGAGGGGCGCCUCCUCCCGCAACCUCACCUCGGCCCGGCGCUCAGGACCAGAAGCAGCAAGUGACUCUCCCUGCGCCCACCGGGCUGCCCACUCCCCAGACGCAUCUGUUCAGCCACCUUCCUCUGCAUUCCCAGCAGCAGUCAAGGACGCCGUAUAAUAUGGUUCCGGUCGGGGGGAUCCAGGUGGUCCCUGCCGGCCUCACGUACUCCACGUUCGUGCCCAUCCAAGCUGGGCCGGUACAACUCACGAUCCCCGCGGUCAACGUCAUUCACGGAACGGCGGGCACCCCCGGGGACCUGAGCGCAGACGUGUCCGGUGCCACCAGCCCCGCUGCCGGAGUGGCCGAAUUAAGCAGCGUGGUGCCCUGUAUCCCCAUCGGCCAGAUCCGCGUGCCGGGCCUGCAGAACCUGAGCCCGCCGGCCCUGCAGCCCCUGCCGGCGCUGAGCAUGGAGACCCUCAACAUUUUAGGCCUGGCCAGUGCGAACCUCGGCCCGCAGGCGCGCCCGCCCGGGCUGGCCCUGAACGCGGUGGGGCUGCAGGUGGUGACCGCAAACCCCGCCCCCCAGAGCAGCCCCGCCCCCCCGGCGCCCAUCCCCCGCCUCCAGAUCCUGAACAUUGCCUUGCCCACGCUGAUCCCCUCCGUGAGCCAGGUCCCGGUGGACGCCCAGGGGGCCCCCGAGAUGCCCGCCCCCCCACACAGAGCCCGGGAGGCGCCGCCCAAGCAGCUCGCGGCCGCCGAUGCGCAUCCAGCCGGCGGGACCGCGUCCCCCCAGGGCUCGCCUCGAGUCCAGCGGGAAAACGCACAGAAGGGUCCAGAUCCUCCUGCCCCGGCCAGAGACCACGCCAGGCGGGACGCCUCAAGGCACAUGGACGCCGGGAAGGCCGCCCCCGGGAAUCUGCCGAAGGCCCGGCACGAACUCCCUGCCGCGCAGGGCCAACCGGCCUCCUUGCCCGCGCCGCCCGGCCGGCAGCCCACGCGCCUGGACCGCGAGGCCCCCGCGGCCCGGGCCCCGGCCCGGAGGCCGGCCACACAGUUCAGCGACGUGAGCAGCGACGAGGACGAGGACAGGCUCGUGAUCGCCACCUAGGGGCUUUGUAUUUGGGGGGUUGGGGUUUGGUUUGGUUUUUUUGUUUUUGUGGUUUGUUUUUUUUUUAUAUAACACUUACAGGUUUCUUUGAAAACCCACCUUUCCUUAAAGCACAUUUUUCUGACAUAAACUCAUGACUAAUCUUUGUGCAAUCAUGAACUUUUGACCAAUAAUUGUUGUUUUGUGUCAGCCCCCGCCAUUUUUGUACAUGUUGUAUAGACAAUUGUGCCUUUUAGGGGUUUUAUGUUUAGAAACUGUACAGAUUGUUGAAUAUCUAUAUACAUAAAAUAUAUAUUAUAUAUGUAUAUGAAAACCAGGUAGUUAUUUGUGUUUAGCAAGAAAAACCUGUCAAAUACAUCCAAUGAUUAAAUUAUAUGUUGCACUGUUAAAUAUAAAUUUUUAUGGCUGUGGGCAUAGUUUCUGUGUAUAAAUUAGUAUGUAAACUCCAUAUUUAUUGUAUCCAUAUUAGUCUUUGAAAAUGGGUCUGUCCUUCUUGUGUAAGACAGUAACUUUAC